AAUCAUUCACUUGAUGUAGGCUUACUUACAAUCUAUUGGGGAAUGGCAGAGCCUUUCUGAAGAAUUAAAACUUAAAACUUUUUAGGAAAGAAAGAUUUCUUCAUUGAGACAGUUCCUGAUUAUAAUCCUCAAAUAAAUCUCAUAAUAACAUAUAACAUAAACCCAAGAUCUGGGAUCUUCCGUAGCUGGUCGUGUACGUAGAGUGAAGAGAGGAAGGAGGCGUUCCGAAGAGACACGAAGGGCGGGGAAUACAGAAAUUCACAACAGGGGCUAGAAAGACACAGAAAAUGGCAAAGCGAAUCUGCAAAACACUCGCGCUUGCAGAACGUGUUGAAGUGCUAAAAAAAUUAGACAAUAAAGAAAGUCAGACAUCAAUUGCUUUAAGUUUUGGCGUGAAUCAAAGCGCCAUUUCAAGGAUCCAGAAAAACAAAGAGAAGAUCUUGGAAGAAUGGCAGAAUAACGGGAAUCCCCACAGGAAGCGCAACAGGGCAGGGAAAGCUGGAGAUGUUGAAGCAGCGCUUCUGCAGUGGUUUAUUCAAGCGGAAACCAGACAGAUUCCUGUAAGCGGCCCGUUACUGAUGGAGAAAGCCAAUCGGCUAGCACAAGGGCUCGGGCUGUUGGACUUCAAAGCCACAAGCGGGUGGCUAGAAAGGUGGAAAGAGCGCAAUUCCAUCAGGUUUAAAAAGCAGCGCGGGGAGAAGCAAGAAGCAGGCGUCUUCACUGCGGAGCGACGAGUCGUGGAGCUGCUUCCCGACAUUAUCAAAGACUACAACCCAGCAGACAUUUUUAAUGCAGAUGAAACUGGGUUGCACUGGAGAGCCAUUCCAGAUGGAAAGAGGUCAGAAGCGGCAGGAGCGAAAAUGGCAAAAGACCGCGUCACUUUACUGCUUGCGUGUAACAUGGAUGGAAGCGAGAAAUUGCAGCCCUUAGUUAUCGGUAAGAGUAAGAAUCCACCCUGCUUUAAGAAUGUAAAGAGACUGCCAGUGGCCUAUGAAGCCAAUAUGAAUGCGUGUAUGACAGGAGAAAUUUGGGAAGAGUGGCUUAAAAAAAUAGACAAUAUCAUGAGAGCCAAGAAACGAAUGAUUCUGAUGCUAUGUGGCAAUUGUGCUGCACACGUCAAUUACGUUAGAUUAACAAACAUCAAACUCGUUUUCCUUCCUCCAAACAAUACGUCUCUUAUCCAACCAAUGGAUCAAGGCAUUAUCGCCAACUUCAAGAAGCAGUACAGGUCACUUUUCCUUCGGCAGCUCGUGAACACUAUCGAUAGCACAGAAUCCGACGCAACAGCAGUACAAGAAGCCGGAAAACUCACCCUCUUGGACUCUUUGCAUCUGCAGAGAGAAGCCUGGAACAAAAUCACUGAGUUGACCAUAGCCAACUGCUACCGACGAGCCAGUUUCAUUAAACAGUUAUACCAAGCAGAGCUGCCAGUGAUCGAUGGUGAGGACAAUUCAGAUGUCUUUGUGCCAGCAGGAAUGGAGUUAGAAGACUUCAGUCGCUACGUCGCUAUAGACAACGACCUAGCCACUGAUGAAGAGAAAUCUGACACUGACAUGUGUGCUUACGCCCAGCAAUCGCCAGAGACAGCAGACUUGGAGCCUGACGAUAGCGAGGAAGCAGCUAAAGAAACAACUGGCCCAAGUUUCUCAGCAGCCCUGCAGAGCCUCCGCACGCUGCGAGCCUUCAUGGAGGCAAAUGGUUGUCAGUCUUAUGACAGUUUUUACAGUUUACAGUCAGUUGUUUAUCAGCUCAAUCGGCCGAAUACUGUGCAGACUUCCAUCAAAGAUGUUUUAGCUAGGUUGUAGUCACAACCUAGCUGUAUUAUUGUAUUACAAUAACUGACUUUUAUACUGUACAUUAUUUUACUUGUCAUAUCGUGCGUUGCCAGAGAAUAAGUUGUUUGCAUUGAGCGUGUAACGUAUUUCAAGUUGGCUUUUUUUAUAACAUGUUCAGUAUUUUAAGUUACUUGUUAAAAUAUAAGAAUAAAAUAGUUAUUAAUCUGAUCAAAAACGAGUCGUAUAUACAGACCUAUUGUCAUUGUAU